UCUCAGGUCGGGAGGACGAGGGCAAGCGUGAGAGAGACUGAGAGAGGAGAAGCAGACCUACAGAGGGGAGGCUUUAUCGCGUCUGUAAUCCGGCUGUUCAUCCAAUUCAAGAGUCCUGAAAGAUAAUAAGCAGUUGAGUUUCGGGGGAAUAACAAGUGCAGCAAGAUGAUGACCCAGGUGGAGACAACGGUGCACUAUGAUAACGGCUACGAGGAAGAGUACAUGAUACAGGAGGAGGAAUGGGACAGGGACCUGUUGCUGGACCCUGCCUGGGAGAAACAGCAGAGGAAAACCUUCACAGCCUGGUGUAACUCCCACCUGAGGAAAGCAGGGACACAGAUUGAAAAUAUUGAGGAGGACUUCAGGAAUGGACUCAAACUCAUGCUUCUUCUGGAGGUUAUCUCAGGAGAGAGGUUACCCAAGCCAGACAGAGGGAAGAUGCGUUUCCAUAAGAUUGCCAACGUCAACAAAGCCCUGGACUUCAUCACAAGCAAAGGUGUAAAACUGGUCUCGAUCGGAGCUGAAGAGAUUGUGGAUGGAAAUGUAAAGAUGACUCUUGGAAUGAUCUGGACCAUCAUCCUCCGCUUCGCCAUUCAGGACAUUUCUGUGGAAGAAACAUCUGCCAAGGAAGGCCUUCUGCUGUGGUGCCAGAGAAAGACUGCCCCCUACAGGAAUGUCAAUGUCCAAAACUUCCAUGUCAGCUGGAAGGACGGCCUGGCCUUCUGCGCCCUGAUUCAUAGACACAGACCCGACCUCAUCGACUACUCUAAGCUGAACAAGGAUGAUCCUCUGGGGAACCUGAACCUGGCUUUUGACAUUGCUGAGAAACACCUGGACAUUCCCAAAAUGCUGGAUGCAGAGGACAUCAUCAACACCCCCAAGCCUGAUGAGAGAGCUAUCAUGACCUAUGUGUCCUGCUUUUACCAUGCUUUUGCUGGAGCUGAACAGGCAGAGACGGCUGCGAACAGGAUCUGCAAGGUGCUGGGUGUCAACCAAGAGAAUGAGAAACUGAUGGAGGAGUAUGAGAGACUGGCCAGUGAGCUGCUGGAGUGGAUCCGCCGCACCACUCCCUGGUUGGAGAACCGGACGCCGGAGAAGACUAUGGUGGAGAUGCAGAGGAAGCUGGAGGAUUUCAGGGACUACAGGCGCAUGCACAAGCCCCCUAAGGUGCAGGAGAAGUGCCAGCUGGAGAUCAGCUUCAACACCCUGCAGACCAAACUGCGUAUCAGCAAUCGUCCCGCCUUCAUGCCCUCUGAGGGGAAGAUGGUGUCUGACAUAGCCAGUGCAUGGCAGGGCCUGGAGCAGGCAGAGAAGGGCUACGAGGAGUGGCUCCUCACAGAGAUCCGUAGGCUGGAGAGGCUGGACCACCUGGCUGAGAAGUUUCGUCAAAAAGCCACCAAUCACGAGACCUGGGCUAGCGGCAAGGAGUAUCUCCUGUCCCAGAAGGACUAUGAAUCGGCCACCUUGACAGAGGUACGGGCACUGCUUCGGAAACAUGAGGCCUUUGAAAGUGACCUGGCAGCACACCAGGACAGAGUGGAGCAGAUUGCAGCCAUCGCACAGGAGCUAAAUGAGUUAGACUACCAUGAUGUGGCUGGUGUGAACAAGCGCUGCCAGAGCAUCUGUGACCUGUGGGACCGUUUGGGAACCCUGACCCAAAAGAGGAGAGAGGCACUGGAGCGGACAGAGAAGCUGCUGGAGACUAUUGAUCAGUUGUUCCUGGAAUUUGCCAAGCGGUCGGCCCCUUUCAACAACUGGAUGGAAGGAGCCAUGGAGGAUCUGCAGGAUAUGUUUAUAGUGCAUACUAUUGAAGAAGUCCAGAGUCUAAUUGCAGCUCAUGAGCAGUUCAAAGCUACCCUCCCCGAGGCAGAUGGAGAGAGACAGGCUAUCAUGGGAAUCCACAAUGAGGUGCAGAAAAUUUCCCAGAGCUAUGGGAUCAAGGCCAAUAUCGUCAACCCCUACAGCACCAUCACAAUUGAAGAGCUUCUCAACAAGUGGGAUAAGGUGAAGAAGCUGGUUCCUCAGAGAGAUGGCGCCCUCCAGGAGGAGAUGGCACGCCAGCAUGCCCAUGAAAGGCUGAGACGACAGUUUGCUGCCCAGGCCAAUCUCAUUGGACCCUGGAUCCAGACCAGAAUGGAGGAGAUUGGUCGCUGUUCCCUGGAGCUUGGAGGGACCCUGGAGGACCAGAUGACCCAGCUGAAGCAGUGCGAGCACGUCAUCGUCGCCUACAAGCCCAACAUUGAUAAGUUGGAAGGAGACCACCAGCUAAUCCAAGAGUCACUGGUGUUUGAUAACAAACACACCAACUACACCAUGGAGCACAUCCGUGUAGGCUGGGAGCUGCUCCUCACAACCAUUGCCCGCACCAUCAAUGAGAUUGAGACCCAGAUCCUGACCCGGGAUGCCAAGGGCAUCAGCCAGCAGCAGAUGAACGAGUUCAGAUCCUCUUUCAACCACUUUGACCGGAAGAAGAACGGGGCGAUGGACACUGACGACUUCAGAGCCUGUCUCAUCUCCAUGGGUUACGACUUGGUAGGCUGUUUCAAGCUCUGUAGAGGGAUGGGUGGGCUGCUGUAUUACUUUCAAAUAUUCAUGGAAAAACAUUCUUUAAUAAUGUAUGGUUUAUUUUCGAAACUCACACAUACUGUCCCUUCUCUCUGCCUCUGUGCAUCCGUUUCUCAGGGCGAGGUGGAGUUUGCCCGUAUAAUGAUGCUGGUGGACCCCAACGCCACUGGAAUAGUCUCCUUCCAGUCUUUCAUUGAUUUCAUGACCAGAGAGACCGCUGAUACAGACACUGCAGAGCAAGUUGUGGCGUCCUUCCGGAUCCUGGCAACUGACAAGCCCUACAUCCUGGUGGAAGAGCUGAGGAGAGAGCUUCCUCCUGACCAGGCAGAGUACUGCAUCAUGAGGAUGCCUCCAUACAAAGGCCAUGGAGCACCACCGGGGGCGCUAGACUACACUGCCUUCUCCACUGCCCUUUAUGGAGAAAGCGACCUUUAACCUUACUUCUAACUGACCCUUCACAUAUUGACCCUUUCCCCAACCACAAAUGUGCCCCACACCUCUCAAUUUUUCAAAUAAUGUAAGCGGUCUAUGAACAGGAAAGGAUUGCAAAUGUUUCAUAAAACAUGUUUGGGGCCUUAGCCAUUUGAUUUCUGUUGAUUUGUCUCCCGUUGUGCAUUGUGAUGAGUCUUGCCCCUUUCCUCCUCUCUUUGGAUGAAAGAGCCCCCUUAAAUCAAAUACUCACCACUAUAGUAACAAAACAUCUCCCAUAUUCAAACCAUAUUUUGAGAUACAGUACAUUGUAUAUUUUAUCUUAACUGUGUGACACAAUAUUCACACAUAAGAUUGUUUUCUGUGAUUCAGUUGAAAUUACAUGAGAAUUUUGCAUCAUUAAAAAUACAGAUCACUUAGAAGCACUUGUACCGCAACAGAAUGGUAGUGUUUGCAUAGAUUUUUUUUUUUUUUGUUUAUCUGUUGCAGCAGUUAGACAUAAAGGUCUGUUUUGAUCCAGAGCUGAUGUUUUGUUUUCAUGUUUCCUCUCAGUGCCUUUGUUUUGGCAAUAAAAGCUAUUAAUAAGGGAUGCUGAGAUGUGGCUCUAAACAAAUUACUUUCUGCUAAAACUAUAUCUUUAAAGAACACAAAUAUUGAAUAACUUCAAGAGGAUGAAAAACAGAUCAAAUGCCAAUUUAUGAUUCAUGUAAGAGGUAUAAUGUGGAUGUUUUCAAAGCCAUGAAAGUUUCUUUUGAUUGUACUAAAUGAAGUGCCAAUUUGUUUUUUCUGUAAUCUGAUUACAUCAUCGAUGUUGCCUUAGAUACAACUGACCAGAGUUACCCAUGGCUUUAGUGUUUGAUAAGAAACACACCAAAUAGAGUGUGGUUAUGUUGCAUUAUGUUGGGCAGGGGAGGACAUUCAAUCAGUAUAGACACCUUACUUUCAAUGUUUUAAGAAACUUACCACCUCUGUUACUGGAGAAUUCGA